AAGAGACAUCGUAUCAGAAUCUGGUGUUCUGUCGAGAAGAUUUCGGACGUUUAAUCGGGAUACACUCUAUGUUCAUUUUCAUAUUGCUUGAUUAGGAUGGAUCUCCCUCAAGACGGUGAGGAUGCUGUUGGUGGAAAUCAGACAGGCAGAGCAGCACGUGCCGUGUCCAGCCACGUGUCCAUGAAGAAUGAGGAGCCCGUCACUGAUGGGCAUCAGGGGGUCAGCACAGGAAGAGUGCUGUCUUAUCCAAGGAACAUACUGACCCAGGAUCAGUCCAGGUGUGUAGUGUGUGAGCAGCUACUGAGGGACCCAGUCACCACCAGCUGUGGACACAGGUUCUGCAGGCAGUGCAUCAACAGCUACUGGAGCCAGUCUGGUCCAUCAGGAGACUACAGCUGCCCCCAGUGCAGAAAGAGACCCAGAACACAACCCAUUAUAAACCCUGACAUGACUCAACCACUGUACCCAUCUACAGACAUGGCACAGCCUCCAUCUAACCAACACAGUGAAGUUCCUCCAUCCCCACACACAGACACGGGGCAGCAUCCUCAGUACUCAAACUCAGCCAUGGGGCAGCACAAUCAUCCACACAUCCAGCACCCUCUUUAUCCACACAUCCACACGGCACAGAUCUCUCCACAGCCUCCCUUAGAUGUGCACACAGUCAUGACAGGCAGCACCCAUCUGCAAACUGAGCAUGUUCCAGUCAAAAGGGCCAAACUAACAGAUGACCGUGUUCUGAACAGAGUACUGAUGACCCAUAAAGCCAGCAUGAAGAGGAGGUUUGAGAGCAUAUGUGAAGGCAUCAUAAGGUCAGGGACUCAAACACUCCUGAACAAGAUCUACACAGAGCUCUACAUCACAGAGGGAGAGAGUGAAGGGGUGAAUAAUGAGCAUGAGGUUUGGCAGGUAGAGUCAGCAUCCAGGCCACAAACUACUGAUGACACAGCAAUCAACUGUAAUGAUAUAUUCAAGCCCUUACUUGGACAGGAGAGACAAAUCAGAACAGUCAUGACCAAGGGCAUUGCUGGCAUUGGAAAAACCGUCUCAGUGCAGAAGUUCAUCCUUGACUGGGCAGAGGAGAAAGCUAAUCAGGAUGUAGAUUUCAUGUUUGUGCUUUCAUUCCGUGAGCUGAAUUUGGUCAAACAUGAUCAGUACAGUCUUCACAGGCUCCUGCUUGACUUCCACCCUGAGCUUAGAGAGCUACAGAAUGGUGAAUACAAAGACUGCCACAUUGUGUUCAUCUUUGAUGGUCUGGAUGAGAGUCGACUUCCACUGAAUUUCCAAGGGAACCACGCGUUGUGUGAUGUGACACAAACAUCAUCAGUGGAUGUGCUGAUGACGAGCCUCAUUCAGGGACCUCUUCUUCCCUCUGCUCUCAUCUGGAUAACCUCUCGACCAGCAGCAGCCAGUCAGAUCCCUUCUCAGUGCAUCAGUCAGGUGACGGAAGUACGAGGGUUCAAUGACCCACAGAAGGAAGAGUAUUUCAGGAAGAGGAUUAGUGACCAGAUUCAAGCCAACAAAAUAAUCUCACACAUUUUGGCAACCAAGAGUCUCCACAUCAUGUGCCAUAUGCCAGUCUUCUGUUGGAUCUCAGCCACUGUCCUUCAGCAGAUACUGGAACAAGAUGAUGGGAAAGAAGCCCCCAAAACACUGACUGAGAUGUUCAUACACUUCCUGCUCAUCCAGACCACCAGCAAGAAGCAGAAGUUUCAAGAAGAAAGUGAGACAGAUGGACAGAGGCUCCUGGAAUCACACAAGGGUGUCAUAUUGAAAUUGGCAGAGCUGGCUUUCAAGCAUCUGGAGAAUGGCAAUCUUAUGUUCUAUGAGGAAGACCUGAGAGAGUGUGGCAUUGAUGUCAGUGAAGCUUCAGUGUACUCUGGCAUGUGCACUGAGAUCUUCAGGGAGGAAUGUGUGUUUCACCACAAGAAGGUCUACUGCUUUGUGCAUCUGAGCAUCCAGGAGUUUCUGGCUGCACUGCAUGUGUUUGCCUCCUAUCUGAAAGAAAACACGUUGGAUGCAGUUCUCAAUAGAAUUUCCUUGAAGAGACUUCCUAGUCGAGACCAUAAUGAUGAGGAGGAGGAGGAGAGUAAAGGGAAGAAAGGACAAGAGGAGAAUGGAGAGGAGGGGAGAGAAGAGAAGGAUGAGGAGGAAGAAGAGGAUGAGGAAGAAGAAGAGUAUGAUGAUGACAGUUAUGAUGAUUAUGACAGUUAUGACUAUGACGAUGAUUGUUAUCAUGAUAAUACUUUGUAUAAUCUGUUGAAAGGGGAAGUGGAUAAGGCUUUGGAUAGCAAGAAUGGACACCUGGACCUUUAUAUCCGCUUCCUUGUAGGCAUAUCAGUAGAGCAGAAUCAGGCCCUUUUACAAGGCUUAUUUCCAAGCAUCCACAACAGUUCAGGCAACAUCAAGAGCACAUGUGAAUAUAUCAAGAAACUCAACAGGAAGGAUUCUUCUCCUGAAAGAUACAUCAAUCUUUUACACUGCUUAUUUGAAAUGAACGAUCACUCUCUACAUCAAGAAAUGCAAGUGUAUUUGACAUCUCCAGAUAACCUAUCAGGUGAAUUGUCACCUGCCCACUGGUCAGCACUGGCCCACAUGCUUCUGAUGUCUGACGAGGUGCUGGACGAGUUUGACUUGAGCAAAUACAGAAUACCAGAGGAGGGACAACACAGACUGAUGCCAGCUGUGAGAUGCUGCAGGAAGGCUCUACUUGCUGGCUGUAAGCUAACAGAGAAGUCCUGGGAUAUCGUGGCCUCCGCUCUGCAGUCUGCAAACUCCCCCUUAAGAGAGCUGGACCUGAGUCAGAAUGACCUGCAGGAGUCAGGAGAAAAGCUGCUCUCUGCUCUACAGAGUCCAAACUGCAAACUGGAGACACUGAGACUUGUUGGCUGUAAGCUAAAAGGACAAUUUCUGGCCAUGACACUUCAGUGGGCAAACUCCCACCUAAGAGAGCUGGACAUCAGUGACAGUAAGCUUCAGGACUGUAGAGGAGAACUGCUCCAUCAACCACUGAAUCAAGACUGUAAAUUGAGACUCAUCAGCUGUAGACUCAAAGACAGCUCGUCUAAUGUUGUCGUCUCAGUUCUGCAGUCAUAUUAUUCUCAACUGAGUGAGUUGGACAUGAGUGGCUGUGAUCUGCACUCAUCAGACGAGAAGCAGCUCUCUGGUCUUAGAAACCCAAACUGUCGACUGGAGAAACUGAGACUUGUUGGCUGUAAACUGAGAGGAAGAUUUCUGGCCUUGACUCUUCAGUGGGCAAACUCCCACCUAAGAGAGCUGGACAUCAGUGACAGUGAGCUUCAGGACUGUGGAGGACAACUGCUCCAUCAACCACUGAAUCACGUCUGUAAAGUGAGACUCAUCAGCCGUGGACUCAGCUCCCGUGAGGUUGUGGUCUCAGUUCUUUCCUAUAUUUCUCAACUGAGUGAGUUGGACAUGACUGGUUGUGAUCUGCAAACAUCAACAGAGAAGCUGCUCUCUGGUCUUAGAAACCCAAACUGCCACCUGGAGAAACUGAGACUUGCUGGUUGUGAGUUAACAGAGGUAACCUGUAAGGCUGUAGCCUCUGCUUUGCAGUCCUCCAUCUCCCUAAAGGAACUGGACCUGAGUUACAAUGACCUGAAGGAGUCUGGAGUUCAGCUUCUCUGUACAGGACUCAAUAGCCCUCACUCUAAGCUGACAACAUUAAGGCUCAAUCUGUGCCACCUCUCUAAAGCAAGCUGUGAAAUGAUGGCAUCCGUGCUGCGAAGUGCACCUUCCCAUCUGAGAGAACUGGACAUGAGUGACAAUGACCUGAAGGAUCAAGGAGUGGAGCUGCUCUGUGUGGGACUAAGAAAUCCACAAUGCAAGCUGGAGACACUGAGACUGUCUGGUUGUCUCAUCACACAUGAGGGCUGUUCUCUCUUGUCCUCUGCCCUCAAAUCAAACCCCUCCUACCUGAAACAGCUGGAUCUGAACUACAAUCACCCAGGAGACUCAGGUGUCAGAGAGCUCACAGACAGACUGAAUGAUCCCAUCUGUAAACUAGAGACGUUGAGGUAUGACCAUGGAGGAGAGUGCAGGAUUAAACCAGGACACAGAAAAUAUGCCUGUGAGCUCACACUGGACCCAAACACAGCACGCAGAGAUUUCUCUCUCUCUGAGGGGAACAGAAAGGUGACACGUUUGAGGAGGCAGCAGCAGCCGUAUCCUGACCACCCAGAGAGAUUUGACUCCUGGCCUCAGGUGCUGUGUAGAGAGGGUCUGUCUGGACACCAUCCAGAGAGAUGUGACAGUCUGGGUCAGAGUCUAGUCAGCACGGGUCAGUCUGGACGCUACUACUGGGAGGCUGAGUGGCGUAAUGGUGAGAUAGCAGUGGCCUUUAAAAGCAUGGAGAGGAAAGGGAGUGGGCAGAGCAGCGGGUUUGGACGUAAUGCCAAGUCCUGGAGUCUGGAGUGCUAUAGUAACAGUUACUCUGCCUGGCACAAUAAUAAGGAGACUGCCAUACCUGCCCCCUCCUCCCGCUCCAGCAGAGUAGGAGUGUUCCUGGACUGGCCAGCAGGCACUCUGUCCUUCUACAGCGUCUCCUCUAACACACUCACCCACCUGCACACGUUCCACUCCACAUUCACUGAGCCCCUCUAUCCUGGGUUUUGGACUACCUCCUCAGUGUCCCUGUGCCAGAUCACAUGACCUCCUAAUCCUGCAGCAGAGGAGAGCCACACACCUGUUUACACACUCCUGUGUGUGUGUGUGUGUGUGUGUGUGUGUGUGUGUGUGUGUGUGUGUGUGUGUGUGUGUGUGUGUGUGUGUGUGUGUGUGUGUGUGUGUGUGUGUGUGUGUGUGUGUGUGUGUGUGUGUGUGUGUGUGUGUUCCUUUUAUUGCCUCAUCUGUGUUGCAUCAUCCCUCUGGCUUAUCCCCUGAAUUUAGUGCUCCCUCUGUUUCUUGUGUGUGUGUGUUUAUUAUGUCUCUCUCUCUUGCUCUCUGUGUGUGUGUGUGUGUGUGUGUGUGUGUGUGUGUGUGUGUGUGUGUGUUUGUGUGUUCCAUUUUGGGCUGCUUCUGUGCUGCAUAAACUCCUGUGCCAGAUCACAUGACCUCCUAAUCCUGCAGCAGAGGAGAGCCACACACACCUGUUUACACACUCCUGUGUGUGUGUGUGUGUGUGUGUGUGUGUGUGUGUGUAUGUGUGUGUGUGUGUGUGUGUGUGUGUGUGUGUGUGUGUGUGUGUGUGUGUGUUUCUCCUAAUUUCUUGUGUUGAACUUCAUAUAUUGUAUGUGUUCUGAAGAUUACAAGAUGAGCAUACAGUGAGAGUGGACAGGUUUUCUCAGGGCUGGGAGUGUUAAUCCACCGUUAUUUUACAUUCUGAUAUGCUUGAGAGUGAGAGGGAGGGAGUCCUUUUAUUUGAAUAAUAAAUGAAAUAUGUAAUUGGUUAAAAUGUUUUUAAUUUGAGGUGUAUAUAACAAAGGGGAACAGAAUGUAAUUUAUAGGAAAAUUAAAUGCAAAUAAU